CCCUUCUUUCUUGCUAUCCAACAAAAACUACACCAAUUCGUAGAUGGAGCUAACUUGGAUCGAUUAACAAUCAAUCCUUGCUCUUUAUCUCCGUCUUUGCUCGAUCCUAGUCCGAUGGAGAUCAGGUGCAUGGAUCACGUUUCUCAUUUGAGAGCAUGUAAAUCGAUGAUUAUGGCUUCGAAUCGAACAACUAGAGGCAACAGCGCAACUAAAUAAAAAGUUAGAACAAGUAACAAACAAUAAAAAGAACCCUUCCGCUGCCGCAGACUAGAAUUUACCCUUUCGCCUCCGUAAGCUCGCCGAUCGACUUCGGUUGUGCAAAGUUCUUCGGCGUAGACAUUAGUCUUCCUCUUGUAGCUGUCAUAGAUGCCGACAUCUUAUCCAAAUUAAAAAAAGAUUUGAAUUUUAGAAUACAUGAAAUAGCAGAAAAAAUAAACUGGGUGGUAGCGAUGCAGGUGUAGAUGUUCAUCCGGCGACGGUCGCCCAAGGUCUGGGCGGCGAGGGAUUGGGAUUGGGGAUACGGAGGGAAGGCGCCGAAUUUGGGGAGUAAACUUUGUUUGAAGUAAAAUGGCUAUUAUUAUUAUAACCACCGGCAAUAUUGGAGCCACGGAUUAGAAAAUAGAAAGAGGGUGCGGCGAAGGAUAGUGUUUGCAUGCUAUUUUCUGAGGCAAUAUGGCAGCCAUGAGUUUCUGCCACGUGUCACUCCGCCCACCGGAAAUCUCCGCCGCCACCUCCAACAACCGCACGUCCGCCGCGUUUCCUUCUACAAGGAGGAACUUUUCUGUUUUUGCCGCUGCUUCGCCGGAAACUUCCACCGCGCCUCUGGAACCGGAACAACCCGAGAUCGAGCUAGAAUUCCUCGGGCCUAAAUCAGGAGAUGCAGUGAACAGAGCCGAAGCCAUAAGUGGAGAGAAGCUGCUGAGGAAUAUAAUGUUGGAUAACAAAAUUGAGCUUUAUGCCACUUAUGGGAAACUAAUGAACUGCGGAGGUGGUGGAAGCUGCGGAACUUGUAUUGUCGAGAUUAUUGAUGGAAAGGAUCUCCUGAAUGAGAGAACUAACACAGAGCUUCGAUAUCUCAAAAAGAAGCCGGAGUCUUGGAGGCUCGCAUGUCAAACAAUUGUAGGAAAUAAAGAGAACUCUGGAAAGGUGGUUGUACAAAGGUUGCCCCAACGGAAAUGAUCGAGAACAAACUGUAUCCAAGCUCGUAUAUCGUUUUCCCUUCCAUGGAAUAUGGUAUGUUUAUUUGCCACUGCUCAGGUUUGCAUAGGGAAAUAUUAAGUGAGAGUUGAUUGUUUCAUUGAAUAUAUAUAGUCACCAUUGUGUAUACACACUAGUUCUUGGUUUUUGCUUUAUAAUUUGAUCGUCUGUGACAUUCAAUUUAUAUGAUACGAACACGAUUUGGGCA